AUGUCGUGGGUCAAAUCAGUGGCAUCUAGCGAGGAUGUGUUCGACGAGGAUGUGGAUGAUAUUAGUCUACUGAACAAAGAAUGGAAAUGCAACAUGGAAAAACGCGCAAAGGAUGGUUUCAGAGAUGGCACUGAUGCCGGGAAAGCAGCGUCACUGCAGGUUGGUUUCAACAUGGGAUACAGAGAAGGUGCCACAAAAAUGAGAGCCUUCGGUCAGCUCAAAGGAAUCAUGAGUGCUGUGCGGUGCUGGUGUCAUUCCCAGCUCCCCGGAAGCCCGGCUUUGGCAUCCGUCACCGAUCUGCUCCAGAAACUGGAGAUACACGAGGAAGGAUUGGUGGAGGUCAUGAGGAAAACCCAGGAAAAGCCUCCACCUAGUGUGACUGAAAUGAUGGAUGACAUGGAAGACCUAAACGUUGAGCAGAAGAACCAUAGUGGACAUUCGGACACCUAUACCAAAGAUGGAGACUUAUGUGGGAAUGAUGGGGGGACAGCUUGCUGUGGCAUGGUUGAAGACUCAUCAAGGAUUGUUUCACAGAAGUCUUCCUCUCUAGCAGACAGUUUUGAGCAGCUACUGAAGUGCUGCUUGGACUUAGUCACAGAAUUGGGGCUGCCCGAAGAGCUAAAAUGUCACAUUCAGCAGAUAAUAGACAAAUGA